AUGAAUACAAAUUCAAACAAUAAUGUGAAUGAAUUAUGUCCAGUUGAUUGUGAUGGUUAUGGAAUAUUGCCUCAUAUGGAUACAUGGUCAUUACAAUUUUUAACAAUUGAAGACCAAAAUCUAGCACCAAUUGAAUAUACAUAUAUUAAAUAUCAUGCUGAUAAACAUAAAUGGAGAUUUAUGAUCUGUUUAUUAAUAUGUUUAGUUUGGAUUAUAUUAACAAAAAUAGAUACAAGUGAGAUUUGUGGCCAAUCAUGUGAAAAUAUUCAUAUUUAUUUAUGUUCUAUUGUGCACAUAGAUAUCGGUUUAUUAUUAUUUUCACUAGUAUUAUAUUUAUUACCAACUCGUCAUUCACAUUUAUUUCAAAUUAUUUAUCUUUUAACAUGUGUCAUUACAAUUAAAUAUCCAUUUCGUUAUAGUACAUGUUUUAUUAAUUGUUUCAUAAAUUUUUAUUUAUUUUGUCUACCAUUUCAUAGUUUUAAGAAUAUAAGUAUCAUAUUAUUAAUUAUAUCGAUAAUAUCGAAUCCAAUAAUUGAUACCAUCCUCAAUUCUCUUCGUUUAAAUUCUAAAUCAUAUAAAAUCUUCAACAAUUUAUGUCGUAAAUUAAUUUAUACGCAAAAACCUGAAUCGAAUAUUGUUUUAUUGAAAAAUCCAUGGGACUAUGGAAAUGAAAGUGAAAUACUUAAAUUAUAUCCAAACGCUAAAUUUAUUCACAUUCUUCGAAAUCCUUUAGAAGUUAUUAAUUCAGCAUAUUUAGCUCAAUAUCAUCACAUAAGUGGGGCUCACUUUGAUCCUUAUGUAUGGACUAUAGCAUCUAAUUCAUUAAAAUCUGCGCUUUGUACAGCAAGAUUUAUUUACAGUUUAAUGGGUACAAAUAAAGCUACAAAGCGAAUGCUGAAUAAUACCACCAAUAUGUAUUUAAAUAAAACACCUAUUGGACUUAAUUCAAUUCAAUCAUUACCAAGUAGUAGAGUAUACACAAUAACUUAUUCUAAUUUGAUUGAAAAUCUAGUUGAACAAUUAAAUUUAAUAUGUCAAUUUAUUGGAAUCCAAGUAACUCCAGAACAAUUAUCUAAACAUAAUUGUUACAAAAAACAAUUUAAACCCGCUGAUAUUGUACAAGAACAUAGUCAGUCAAUUAUACAACAAUUAAUUGAAAGAAAUUUACCGACAAAUUAUUAA